UAAAAAUAACUAAAUAAUAAUACACUUUCAUAAUAUUCGCGGCACAGCUAGCCACCUCUUGCAGCGCACCAGUAUGCUGUGGCGCACCGUUUGAGAAUCACUGCGUGGAUCCUGUGGAAACUUACCUGGAAGUGUAAACCCCAUUGAACACUGUGGGGUUUACAUGAACCUGUCCGGGAUUUGAGAUCUUCAGGCUGCUGGACCCCGGGCUGGGGAGAUGUUCCGAACAGCCAUCAUGAUGGCUGCCAGCCUAGCCUUGACCUCUGCAGUGGUGGCUCAUGCCUAUUACCUUAAGCACCAGUUCUACCCGACGGUGGUGUACCUGACCAAGUCCAGCCCCAGCAUGGCGGUGCUGUACAUUCAAGCUUUCGUCCUGGUGUUCCUGUUAGGGAAAUUCAUGGGGAAAGUCUUUUUCGGGCAGCUCCGAGCAGCAGAAAUGGAGCAUCUGCUUGAGCGGUCAUGGUAUGCAGUGACCGAGACCUGCCUUGCCUUCACAGUCUUCAGGGAUGACUUCAGCCCCCGCUUUGUGGCCCUCUUCACCCUCCUCCUCUUCCUCAAGUGCUUCCACUGGCUGGCCGAGGACCGGGUGGACUUUAUGGAGAGGAGCCCAAACAUUUCCUGGCUCUUCCAUUUCCGCGUUGUCUCUCUGAUGCUGCUCCUGAGCAUCCUGGACUUCCUGUUUGUCAGCCAUGCCUACCACAGCAUCCUUACGCGGGGCGCCUCUGUCCAGUUGGUCUUUGGCUUUGAGUAUGCCAUCCUCAUGACGAUGGUGCUCACCAUCUUCAUCAAAUACAUCCUGCACUCCAUCGACCUCCAGAGCGAAAACCCCUGGGACAACAAGGCCGUCUACAUGCUCUAUACAGAGCUCUUCACAGGUUUCAUCAAGGUCCUCCUGUACAUGGCCUUCAUGACCAUCAUGAUCAAAGUACACACCUUCCCGCUGUUUGCCAUCCGACCCAUGUACCUGGCUAUGAGGCAGUUCAAGAAAGCCGUGACAGAUGCGAUCAUGUCCCGCCGAGCGAUACGCAACAUGAACACCCUGUACCCCGAUGCCACCCCAGAAGAGUUGCAGGCCAUGGACAACGUGUGCAUUAUCUGCCGAGAAGAGAUGGUGAUGGGUGCGAAACGCCUACCAUGCAACCACAUAUUCCACACCAGCUGCCUGCGGUCCUGGUUCCAGCGCCAGCAGACCUGCCCCACCUGCCGGAUGGACGUCCUCCGUGCCUCCCUCCCCACUCAGUCCCAGACGCCCCCUGAGCAGCAGGAGGGAGGGCAGCAACAGCCGCAGCAGCAUCAGACCCCGCUGAUUCCCCAGCCGCCCAACUUUCCCCAAGGCAUCCUGCCACCUUUUCCUCCUGGGAUGUUUCCUCUGUGGCCCCCCAUGGGCCCGUUCCCUCCAGUGCCUGGCAUCCAGCCACCCAACAACGCAGACAACCCUUCGGCAGGAGCACCUUCCACUUCAGGAGCGCAAGCGGCAGGCACCUCGAGGUCCAGUGGGGAUUCAGCAUCUGGGUCGGAUGCCACAGCCUCUGCAGGGACAGUACCCGGAUUCCCCUUCCCUCCCCCUUGGAUGGGGAUGCCGUUCCCGCCUCUCUUUGGCUUCCCGCCAAUGCCGGUACCGCCGUCUGGCUUUGUUGGGCUGACAGAGGAAGAGCUGCGGGCCAUGGAAGGCCACGAGCGGCAGCAUUUGGAAGCCCGGCUCCAGUGCCUGCAGAACAUCCACACGCUCCUAGACGCGGCCAUGCUGCAGAUCAACCAGUAUCUCACCGUGCUGGCGACGAUUGGGACGCCCCGACCUGCACAGCCAUCAAGCGCUCCAGCUGCUUCGGCACCCUCUCCGGAGACCCCCAGUCCUGAACCUGGCACCAGUGAGCUCACCACCACCUUCCAGUCUGCUGACAGCACCUCUUCACCAGCAGCAGAAAUAGACUCGUCGGGUCAAGCAGAUCUGUCCCCGGUGGCUGGUGCCAAGGGCUACACGGAGCCAUCUGACCAGGACGAGGUGCACUCUUCGCCGGAGGAACCAGACACAGCAGAGCUGCGGAGGCGCCGACUUCAAAAACUGGAACUGCCCUCCUCCUCCUCCUCCUCCCAUUGAUGUCCCUGCAGCCCCCUUCCAGCUAGCCUUGCUCUGUGCCUGUGUUAUUUCUUUUCCUUUUCCAAAAGAAGAGGAGCACAAUGGGGUGAGAGAAAGGGGUCCUGGAUGCCUUUUAAUUGUGCUGUCGAGUGCCGGUGCGAUGCAAGGCCACUGCUGGGGGACCCUCUUCUGGGGGGGUGGGGGGGCACAUAUCCCAAACGAACUCUGCCUUGAUUUCUAGCUUUGAAGACGACGUGACUGCCCACCCCGCAGGACAGACCGGCCUUGCUCUGAUCCUCUCGCGCAAGGAUGGUAUCGCUUCUCAUCCCAAAGUGUGUCCCGUCUUAGCUAGACGGGCUCGCACUCCAGGAGCAGCGUGAAGAGAGGCCUUUCUUCUUUUCCUCCUUUUUGCGUGCCAUCUUGGUGCGGGAGCUGCCAUCUGAGAGAACUUCCCCAUCGAGAAUUGGGGGGGGGCAGGUUGUGAGGGUGGCUUCUCUUCUGGGUCACUUCUCUCUCCCUUUUUGAGGUCUCCCUUUCUUGUUCUGUGGUGGGUCUUUUAAUGAGGAUUUAAUACAGCUGGCUGGAACAUAUAACGCUUGCUAUAUUUUUGUAGAUGACCUACACAGACUGCUUUCUCAUGGUAGAAGAUUUCAAAGCCACAGCCUCCCAUCCGGGUCUUUCACCCCCACCCCCUGAUUCCUUCCCGAACAACCAGCCUUGGAUGGGCAGGCGGGCCUCAAGGCCUUCGGCUGAAGGAUGUUGGCUCGGAUUGUGAGGAGGGCAUAUUCCGUUCCUUGCAGGAGGGCCUGUACUCCCUGCCCCCUCUCUUUCCAUGCAGAUGCUUGGUUUUGCAGGGUGGUAAAAGGUGGGAGUUCAGCUUCUUUUGCCGUCCAUUAUUUGGCUUUUAAACAAUUUGUUUGGUUGAGAGAAGGUCCUGCAAUGUUGUAAGAGGGUUUCGAGGGGAGGUUAUGGCAAACAACCUGUCCUGCUCAGCCGCCUCCUUGACUCAGGGUCAGAGCCAGAACAAGUUUUCAAUUGACUCGAACUGCAGCCUGCGUAGGCCUUUCAACUCCUGAUCCUGACCUCUGGCUCUGAGCGUCCACCGUGCGUGGCAGGGGUGUGGUUACGGCCCAGAGAAAGUUGGAACAAAUGUUAAGCCCCGUGGAAAUUCAAGAUCCAAGAGCACGCUUAAAGCCUGUUCACGUCCCGCUGGUUCAGUGGAACGUUUGGCCCACCCAGUCCUCCAGAUGGUGUUCAGCGUUUCCAGUUCUGCCGUCCUCUUCCCAGACUUUCAUUAACCCACAUCUGCCAGCUAUUCUUUGCAUCGCCUCCUUCCCUCUUGCUCCUAAAUGCCCUGAACCAUCAAAGCUCAUUUGAAUGUUGCUGCGCGGAUGGUACAGGCCCUCUCCAUCCCUCAUCUCCUGUGAAGGCGGUGGGAACGCGACGUCUGACAUUGCUGGCCCGCAUCGGUCCAGCCUCGCUUCCCCCUUCUAGGGUCUUCCACAUUAAGUGCAGUCAAGCUGGAACGCCCAUCAGCUGGCAGCUUGGAGAGUGUGGCUGCGAUCGGUCUGAAACGAUGCAUGGGAAAGCGUCUGAGCCUGCAGUGGGAUUCCUUUUCCCAACGCAGCAUCCCCAUGUCACUUGAGCAACUGCAAGGAAAACAGCCACCGAUACAGUGCUGUGAGCUGCAUGUUGUUGAAAGCUUCCAAGGUGUGUGUGGGUUUUUUUUUUUGCAGGGCGGGGGCAGGGAACGUGAAAGCGUUUUCCUUAACUUUGGAUCUGACCUCUGCACGCGCACGUAGAGCUUUGCAACGUGAUUUGGGACAGUGCUGUUGGGCAUUUGAAACCUCCUUUGCAGGUUUCAGAAAGAAGUGGAGCACAUUUCUGAAGUGCUGGAAUCAGCAGCGUGGCCUCUGUCUCCCCCCCCCCCCACUAAACAGUUGUUAGGGGGAGGCCCUUCUGGGGUCCCUGUUCCCCUGCAUGCCUAGUGGGGGGAAACACUGGACUUACCUGGGAGAAUGGCAAUGGUCUCUGCCCUUCCCACUGAAACUCCUUGUCCUCCUAGUGCAACGCCACAUUUUUCAACCAUGGAAAUAGGAACUUAACUCCCCCACCCCCAGCUCAAGAUGCCCGCUUGAUUCUGACUUUCAUUUCUGAGACACCACCUUUCAGACAAAUAUAUUUGAUGUUUGACCACCUCUGUUCUCCCCCCCCCCCCGAGAAGAAGACCAACUUCUCGUGACUCCAGAUUUGUUUUGAGGCUUAGGUGUGUUGCUUUAUAAGACGGGUUGCUGAACUGUGCAGUGCAGUAUUCAUGUUGGCUAUCAGGCAGUAAGAAACUCAACGAUUCAGGCUUGCGGUGGCGACUGAGAGAAGGGACGGUUUAAAGUAUUGAUUACGACAAAAGACUUUGCUCACAGCUUCUGUUAAACUUCAUCUUUCCCGAUUUUGAGAAGUCUACAGUCCUCUCCUCUCUUGUACAGUCAAACUGAGAUAGAUUUAUACCAUUGUCAGGCAGGAGAGAGUUAGCUUGUGUCACGCUUUGCAAUAAGGUGUCCUAAAUAUACCACUGAGAACGUUUCCACAAAUCACCUGCCUCUGGGGGGAAUGCAAAAAGCAAUGGAUAAAUAGUGACACUUUUUCUGUCCAUCUCCUCACCCCAAAGAAUCCAGUUCUGUAAACGUCCACCGGUAGGAGGAUCAUGUGGAUUUCUCUUGGGGAAUGUUCAUUAACAGUCCAACGCAUGGACCAAUGUUAGGAAAGAUACAUGCAUCCCCCAGGAGAUGCAAGUUCUGCAAUUAUAGCCUUAUUCGUAGUGCAGAGUGACAAAUGUCUAGUUGGGUUUGGUAUACUUGUGCAGGUGGGCCCUCAAAUGGCGUUUUUUGUUCCAGGAAGCUUUCACCUGUGCAAUCCCCCCCCCCAAAUUGAGGACGUAUUGCCAUCUUGGGAACAUGUCAGUUGACAGCCAAGUGAUCUUGUAUGAACUGGGCAAUAAUGUCGAGUGUGUGCUUUUGGUGGGAGAGCUUGUCAUGGGUAGAAAUCUCGCGCUCCAGAUUCCUUCCUUCCCUGCUUUGCUGUGCCCUACUAACCCUGAACUCUGCUGCUCAUGUCCUGCUGAGGCUCAUGUUUCAUAUACUGCACGCUGCACCUUCUGCCACCAGGGAUGGAGAACUGUAGCCCUCUAGGUGUUGUUGGGACCCCAACGUCAGCCCCCGCCAACGGUCAGGUAUGGUGGGCGCUGUCUUCCAACAGCAUCUGGAGGGCCACAGGCUCCCACACUCCUGGUCUAAAUACUAGAGCCUUUCCUCUUAAAGGGCAGGCAGAACUGAUGUCAGACUUUGGUGGGGUGGGGGGCGCAUGCUGCAAAACCAAACCUUGACCCAGGAGCACCAAUGCAGCCCACCAGGCUGGCUUCUGUUAGAGAGUGGCAGUUCUGUUGUGCAGAUUCUGCCAGGGGCUAGGAGCAAACCAGAGGCCAAACGUCACCCUGUUGCAUAGCACUCUGAAGCAAGCUGAGCUGGGUGAGACGAGCGUGGACACAAGGCUUGCUCGUGUGCAUGUCUUCUGUCCAAAGCAAUAGGAAAGGGAAGUUUUGGGAGAGGGAGAAGCCAAAAUGUCAGAUGCAUGGGAGGAACAAGACCUGGAAGAAAGGUUUGCAGGGAGGGCUGAAGGGGAAGAAAGGGAGCAUCUUUACCAUGGCUGUGGAUUUUCCCCACUCUUUUACCACCCCCCAGUCCAUCAUGGAGGCUGUGAUUCAAAAUAGAGGAGACCUUCCUAUCUGGGCAACUCCUGAAGGCCUACAACAGAGGGUGGUGGAACCUGUGGUCCUCUCAUGUUGCUGAACUUCAGUUGCCAUCAUCCCUGACCAUUGGCCAUGCUGAGCGGGGCUGAUGAGAGUUGGAGUCCAGCAAUACUUGGAGGGCACCAACUUUCCCCUUCCUUGGCCUACAAGGAGUCUUUUGAGUUUUAUUGCCUGUUUACAGUUCAGUGUGUGUUACCUGUAUGAUUUCCUCCUGUCCCUUUUUAAAAUUUCAUUUCAUGCACAUUUCCCCCCCCCCAGGCGAGUGGUCUUCCCCCCAGCCCUCCAAAGGAAUAUGUUUUGAAAAUGGCCAGAUAGUCUGUCUUUUGAGUCUCAAAGCCUCUCCUGCAAUAUUUCAUGAUUUUUUAAAAUAUAUAAUGACACACAUUUCCAUAAAGCAGCCUCCCAAAUUUCCCUUGUAUGUUCUGUUUCUUCAACCAAACGAGAUGGCUAGUAAAAGUGACAGUGUCACCCCUACUGGCUUCCCCCUUAACUUAAAUUGUCGGGGGGCGGGGGAGAGGAAAAUGGUAUUUUGUGAAAGCUAUUGCCGUUUUUUGUUCUAUGCCAAAUUCAUUGGGUUUUAUCCAAUGUUAGGUUGAAGGCAACUUACUCAGAGUAGACUCACUGAAGUCAAUGGACUCAGCAUAGUUAUAUCCAUUGAUUUGAACGGGUCUACCCUGAGUAUGACUUAGUUGUAUUCAACCUGUAAUUUGUCACUUUAAAAAAUUUUUUUGUUUUGAACCUAUGUCACCAGGGAGAGGGGAAUUGUUUUGAGAAGGCUCCGCAGCUCUAGGUCCCAUUUCUUAUUUUUAACAUCAGCGGCGUUCAAGUAGCUCAGGAUCCUUUGAAUGCCAAAUUAUUUUUGUCAAACUUGACUCCUUUAGGAGUUGGUAUAAAAACUACAUGUUAAUGCAGAGAUGAAGGAGGUUUGGAUAAUUAUUUAAAUUUUUUGUAAAUAUUGUGUAAUUUUUAAUAGCUUGAACUGUGUACAUACGUCAAAUAAA